AUGCCAUGCCUUGUGGGAUUCCUGGACCUCCGUGAAAUGCGAACUGCCCCUCGUAACUCUGAUCGUGUUCGUCUGGACCGGGUUCGAGGCGGCAGACAGAAAUACAAAAGAAGAAUAGAUGCGGAGAACAGCCCGUAUCUGCACCCACAGAAUGCCUUACCUCAGAAAAGAACAUUCACUGUUGGCGGUGUGGUAGAGAACAAGGUGGUUUCUCUGCUGCUGGUGGCCGAGCCAGAGGGCAUCUUCGCCAUGCCGGACCCCACGGUGCCCGAGAGCGACAUCAAGGCUCUGACCACGCUGUGCGACCUGGCCGACAGAGAGCUGGUGGUGAACAUCGGCUGGGCCAAACACAUCCCAGGUACCAUCAGUCAGGCCGGCAGUUGUUCGUUCACACACUCCACCGCAGACAUUAGCUCACAUUAA